AUGGGAUCAGAAGCCGGCCUGGCGCCCCUGGCAUCGCUACGAAUUUCCAAACACUUCAUCCAGUCACAUGGGCUAUUCCCCAACACAAGCAUCCAGAAUAAGCCCCUGGUGAUCUAUCAUUCCGCUUUCUCGUCAGCAAGUGCACCAUUCAUCGAGUCCCACCUUACCUCUGUCGGCGUCGUCGAGCCGCAGUGGCGAUAUACCAUGUACAGCACGAGUCACUUUCACAGCACGACACAUGAAGUCUUGUGCAUCAGUAACGGACGCGCAAAGCUUUGUUUCGGAGGCGAAGAUAACGAAGGCCGGGUUGAGCCUCUAGUUGAGAAGGGCGAUGUGAUUGUUGUGCCGGCGGGGGUUGCUCACCGUCUGCUGGAUGACUUUGGAAGCGGGUUCGAGAUGGUUGGAAGCUAUCCAAAAGGUCACGACUGGGAUAUGUGUUACGGUAAGAAGGGGGAAGAGGGAAAAGUCGAUGCUAUCGCCAAGAUACCGUGGUUUAGCAGAGAUCCAGUGUAUGGAAAUAUCGGGCCGGCACUAAAGGUCUGA